UUUCAAUAGGUAUAUAUAUUUCCUGCAGAGUGGAAGACAGAACAUAGAACACACAGCAUUCAGCAACAUUUCGAGAGGUCCCCUCUGAUCCUGCAACACAAUGAAGAUUUUGGUGCUUCUUCUACUGGUGGGGGUUGCCAAGGGCAUGUAUUAUACCAACUGUGAGCUAGCAAGCGUACUGCAAUCUGCUGGAAUGGACGGCUACGCAGGUGUCAGCCUGGCUAACUGGGUUUGCUUGGCAUAUUCAGAGUCUAGCUAUAACACCCAGGCCAUCGACUAUGACUCUGAUGGCUCAACGGACUACGGCAUUUUCCAGAUCAACGAUCGUUGGUGGUGUUCCAAUGGCCAGUUCCCCAGCUACAAUGGCUGUGGAAUCUCCUGUAGUGAGCUGCUGACUAAUAAUAUUACAGCUGACAUUGCGUGUGCCAAAAUCAUUGUUGACCAGCAGGGCAUCUCAGCAUGGUACGGUUGGCAAGAUAAAUGCGAGGGCCAGGAUGUGAGCCAGUACAUCGCAGGUUGUGAUGUUUAAAUGAGGAGCACAGAAGGAUGUGCUUCCAACUCUCAAUACAUUCCGUCUUGUGAAUAAAAGGGAAAAAAAAAACACAAUACAAACAGCGGGUGGCAAAUGCAUGAUUGUAAUGCUGGUUUUAAUCAAAGAUCUUUAUCA